GUUGUUCGUCUUCCCAUAAUUAUUCUCCAACCAUGGCGAUGGAGCUUCGACAGCUAAAACAGAUUGUCGAUGAUGGUACGAGCUAUGAAAUGGUCCGACUUGGCCUUUUUUGAUCAUUAUUAGUCAACAAAUUGGUCUUUUCAUAUGAUCUUGACGCGGGAAAGUUUAUCGAUUACUGUUGAAAUGAACCCUUAAAUUCAUUAAUGUGGUCGCAUUGGAAUUCGUUUCUUGAUCCAUUCUUGUUCUUACCAAUUUCCACCCAGUUGUCUCUCCUCUCCGAUUCUCCCCCCAUACUUUGAAGCUCCAAAUCUCUGUUUUCCCCCACCGCAGCAAUGGAUUCACAGUACCCAUAUCGUAACUCUCUUUACCCUCAAGUGAAUCAUUCGAAUCCCGAUGCGCCUUCAUCCUCCUUUGUGAAUCCUAAUCCAUCGUCGAGUUCGAAUCUUUACCCCACUCUCGAUAUGAAGGAUUUGGUGGAGAAUCUGUUUCCCGACGACGUGGAUUACCGCCAUCCUCCUUCGGCUCCUCCCCUUGCGGCGGAAGAGAUUCUCAUCAGAGUCCCAGGCGCCAUUCUCAACUUGAUUGAUCAACAGUACAGUGUUGAGCUCGCUUGCGGCGAUUUGACCAUUGUCCUUAUUCGCCAAGGGGAGAGUAUUGUUACGGUGCUAGCGCGUGUUGCCGAUGAGAUUCAAUGGCCAUUGGCGAAGGAUUUGGCUUCUGUGAAGCUCGAUGAUUCGCAUUACUUCUUCUCUUUUCGGGCUCUUAAGGAACGUGGAUCGGAGUCCGAUUCGAGUGACGAGGAAGACCGGAAGAAGAAUGGGUUGGAUGAUUAUUUGAGUUACGGGUUGACGAUUGUUUCGAAAGGCCAAGAGGGAUUGUUGAAGAAACUGGAUGUGAUUUUGCAGAAUUACAGUAGUUUUACAAUGCAGAAGGUAUCGGAGAGUGCCAAGAAAGUGGAGAUUCUGGAUGAAUCUCUGGCCAAAGAGAUGUCGCCGGCGGAUUUGAAGACGGAGAAGAAGAAGAAAGAAGAAAUGGAGGGGAAAUGUGCGGCGUAUUGGACAACAUUGGCUCCUAAUGUGGAAGAUUACAAUCGAACGGCUGCAAAGUUGAUUGCAGCGGGAUCAGGGCAAUUGAUUAAAGGGAUUUUGUGGUGCGGUGAUGUGACUGUAGAAAGGUUGAAACAGGGGAAUGAGGUUAUGCAGAAGAGGAUGGGCCCCUGUUCUAACACAGAGAUCAGCCCUGAAACCCUCGAGAGGAUUAAAAGGGUCAAGAGGGUGACAAGGAUGUCGGAGAAAGUAGCAACUGGAGUACUCUCUGGAGUUGUUAAAGUUUCUGGAUUCCUUACAAGUUCAGUGGCUAAUUCGAAAGUUGGCAAGAAGUUUUUUGGAAUGCUUCCAGGAGAAAUUGUAGUGGCUUCUCUUGAUGGCUUUGGCAAAGUUUUUGAUGCUGUUGAAGUUGCUGGAAAAAAUGUCAUGGCUACAUCUUCCACUGUGACAACUGAACUUGUGACCACAAGGUACGGGGAGCAAGCUGCUAAUGCAACCAAUGAAGGCCUUGAGGCUGCUGGACACGCCUUUGGGACGGCAUGGGCUGCUUUGAAGUUACGAAAAGCUCUGAAUCCAAAAAGUGCUCUUAAGCCAACAGCUUUAGCAAAAUCCGCUGUUAAAGCCGCAGCUGCAGAGGCGAAGGCUAAGAACUCCAAGUAAAUUGUUGGAAUUAUUUGAUAUUUAACUAAUAGUAGGUAUGGCUUAUGAGCUGCUGUCAUAAAUUAAGUUGAGCUAUUAAAGAUGUGAGCCACUUCAUCUCAAUGCCCUCUCUUGGUUUCUUUAUUAAAAAUAUUGUUGUUUAGAGUUCCUGUAUAUACAAUUACUUGGAUCAUGAAAAGAAUGGCAUUAUUGGUUUCUGUUUCCUUUCAA